AUGGCAGCAGAAAUGAAGAAGACGCGCGAGAUUUUGUACAAACAGUUCAAUGGUAUCGACCUGAACGCUAUACGAGACUCUACAGUUCUUCUUACCGAGGUGAAGGAAACGGCGAUCGAUGAGUCCAAGAUCAUCCCACUUCUCGAUAUUACCAGCUUUGAGGUGUCAGGAGUGACCGUCCGGCAUGUUCUCGAUUACGUGUUUUAUAAAGAAGCCCUCAAUGCUUUGGAGGAGACCGAAUCGACGUUGAGCGAUGGUCUUAGCGACUCCGAGGAUGACGAGGCAGAGGCGGUGGCGGAGAAAGCACUCUCAACCAGGAACCAGUAGGCAAACGUAUGCGAUUAACCCCAGUGGCGACCGCUCCAGUCCUUCUCCCUGGGCAAGUUGGUAAAGCGACUGGAGCUGCUCCACUAGGCGAAGAAGUGGAUCACCUCAUCUCCCUUCAACGUAGUGGUGGCGUAUGCGCCGACAUUGGUCAAUUCGUUGGGCGACGGGAUCUGA